UCGAGAACUAAAAGGUGUCCAAUUCCCUUGGAAACGUGUCAAUUUAUCCAGAGUCGCACCGCUUGCUGCCUCUCGAACACUAGAUAUAUUAUCUGAACGUUGGCAAGGAGGAUUCUGCGCAGCUUGGAAGUCGAUCAAAGAAACGCAAUGACGGCAAUACUUUUGGCAAAGAGAAUCACCAUUACUGACGGCUUUAAAGCUUUACUUAAGCAUAAGCCUCCUUUUGUCUGCUUCUCCACUGCUUUUGAACGUGCCGAGGGAAGCAAAGGAAUGACAGAGACCAGAGGAGAAGGAACUGGCCCAGAUGGGACACCAGGGACAUCUUCAGGUGCAGGAAAAGAUCCUGUGAGCCAAAGCAUGUACGAGGCGAAGCAACAAGCACUAGACAUGGACGAGAAAUCAACGACAGGAGCAGCUCAGUUCGUAGCUGAUACAGCCAAAGAAGGGGUGAGAAAAGCUACAGAAAUGGCAGAUGUAGUUGGAGAUACAGGUAAGAAGACCGUGGAUGGUGCUUGGGAAGCAAUGAAGCUAACGAGAAGAUCAUAGAGAGAGUAGUUGGUGAUAAUAGUAAUGGCAACCGAAAUAGCGAGGAAGACCCAAUAGUUGUGGAGGCUCAGAAGAUUGAUGGACCUAUUGAUACAGUGGAAUACAGGAACGUAGACAGGAAUUGAGUGGAAAGUGUAGACGUCUGUUGCUGCUCUUAUAUGUAAAAAUUAAUUGGCAACAAUUUUUGCUUUAGAAUUGCCUGAUCUAGCGUUUCAUAAUUUCGCAGAACUAAAAUCUCGCCGGUGUAUGUAUAUAUAUACAUAAUAAAUUUAAUUUUUGGCCAAGCUUCGGGAGCCCUUCAUGCCUUUUGUCUUAUUUUUCUGUCUUCGUGUCUGGUACCUUCGUUAGCCAGCCCCUCUAAACAACAAUGGAUGUCAGAGCCCUUGAAGGGAAGUGCAGUUGCAAUGUCGCGGACGAUUUCAUUGUUGAGAAUACUUGGAUAUGGAACGUACCUACUUGCUGUAAUCAAGUAUUGAACUAAACGAAUUUGGGCGGAACG